CAAGAACCAGGUGGAGGGCGACUCGGACAACAUGCUGCGGCCGCUCAUGGACUUCCUGGAUGCGCAAUUAACGCUGUUCGCCACGGUGUGUGAGAAAACCGUCCUGAAGCGCGUUCUGAAGGAGCUGUGGAGGAUCGUGAUGACCAGCCUGGAGAAGAACAUCGUCCUGCCGCAAGGGAACGACACCUUGGGAGCACAGAUCCUUUCUGCUGCUAAAGAACUGGGACACCUUUCCAAACUGAAGGAUCACAUGGCAGGAGACGCUAAAAGCCUGACGCCCAGGCAGUGUGCCGUCAUGGAUGUGGCUCUGGAUACCAUCAAGCAAUACUUUCAUGCGGGCGGGAACGGCUUGAAGAAGACUUUCCUGGAGAAGAGCGCUGAGCUUUCGUCGCUCCGCCACGCUCUGUCGCUCUACACCCAGACCACCGACACGCUCAUCAAAACCUUCGUGACCACGCAGCAUUCACAGGGCUCAGCUGUGGACAAACCCAUCGGAGAGGUUUCCCUGCAGAUUGAGCUGUACACUCAUCCCAAGAGCGGAGAGCGGAAAGUUACUCUCAAAGUGAUUGCAGCCAGUGAUUUGAAGUGGCAGACGUCUGGGAUGUUCAGACCCUUCGUGGAAGUCACAAUGAUCGGGCCGCACCUCAGCGACAAGAAGCGCCGAUUUCAGACCAAAUCCAAGAACAACAGCUGGUCUCCCAAAUACAACGAGACCUUUCACUUAUGUGGACCUCAAAUCAAACGUUUGGGUGUUCAGGACGGGUUCGAGUGCUACGAGGUUCAAGCCUGCGUCAAGGACUACUGCUUCGGCCGCGCCGACCGGGUGGUGGGCCUGGCCGUGGUGCAGCUGAGGGACAUCAUGGAGAGGGGCAACUGCGCCUGCUGGUGCCCCCUGGGGCAGCGCAUCUCCAUGGACGACACGGGCCUGACCGCCAUGCGGAUCCUCUCCCAGCGCUCCAACGACGACGUCGCCAAGGAGUUCGUCCGGCUCAAGUCCGAGACCCGAUCAGCAGAGGAGGGAAGAUGA